AUGGAUGACAAUGUUGUACCUCAAUAAAUCAUCAAACUCCUGUAUGAUAAAAGUUAGGAUAAGAAACAAUAGGGAUGCCAAUAAUUAAAAUCAUUAGUUUAAUCCUAUGCUUAAAGCGGGAAGGAAUUGUUGAUCAAAUAAAUAAUAGAAACUUUAAAAAUCAAAUUUACAUCAUCUUCCCAAUUGUACCUAAAAAGAUAAGGGAUGUUUGCCAUUUAGACAGUGGCUGAAAUUCUAGUGAAGGAAUUUCCACAAUUGGCUGAAAGGUGUGUCAAAGACCUGACGUAACCAAUCUUGGAAUGUUUAAAUGAUAAAGAAGACAAGGCCAGAUAAUAUGCUGUUGAAUGUUUAUUGUAAUUGACCAAAAUUAUGAAAACAAUGAUCCUUCUUAAUUUUAAUGAAAUAUUUGAUUAACAAUUGGGAAGAUCAGCAGAACAAGAUAAUUAAAUUGUUUAAGCCAUGUUCUUGCUGGAUGCAUAAUUAAAGACCCAAGUUCAAAUAGCAGUCCAGGAGAGAUUUUCAGAUCCAGGAAAAACAUGUUAUUUUAACUUAAACUCUUUUAUGACCUAAUUAUAGAGUAAAUUGAAGUCGAGAGUGACAUCUGUUCGACAAUUCCUACUUGGAUGGAUAAAGGUCUUGAAUCAAUGUCACAAUAAUGAUUUGUACAUAUAUUUCCCCAUGAUAUUGGAAGGCAUCUUCAUGAUGUUAGGAGAAUCAAACAAAGAGGUUCGUAAUGGUGCUGACUUAUAAGCAAAUGAGUUCUUGAAAUAAGUAGAAAUAAAAGUGAAUUUGGAUUAGAGAGUAAAUGAAUAGAUCAUAGAAAUUUUGUUAAAGAUUUGUUAAAUGAAAGGAAAUCAAAACAAUUAUGCCAAAUUAAAUUCGUUACUCUGGAUUUUUGAAUAUUUAAGAGUGUUUUAAUAAGAAUUGGAAGAGGAAUAAAAAGGGAAGUUGGGAUUACAACAUUCAACCUCCCACAUAAAGCAAGAGGAGUAUUUGAGAAGCAAUACCUCUCCAAUUUCUAAGAAUUAAAUGCAAUAAUAUUUAGGAGGGUUUGAAUCACCUUUAAGAAAAACGAUCUUGAACAGUUUAAGCUAAAUAUUGGGUCCAAUUCUGAUUUUACUUUCUCAUGAAGAAGAAGAGAUUAGGAAGGCUGCUUAGAAAACAAAUGAAUUAUUACUAAAAGUCAUGGAACGAGUCAAAAAUUAGUCUGUAGAAUUUAUGAACAUUGUGCCAACUAUAAAGGAGAUGCUAACUGAUAAAAAAAGCAAUACAGCUGAAUCCGCAUUGAUAUGGAUGAAACACUUAUUAGAAACGUAUUCUGAGUCUCUCUUUCCAACUAUCGAAGAUAUAUUAACAAAACUCAUUGAUAAAUUGGCAGAUUCGGAAUCCGCUAUUGUCUAAAACAUUAUGGAUGUGUUAGCAAAUAUAUCAAUGCAUAGCCAAUAUUUUGAAAUUGUAAUCGAUAAAAUAUUGACUAUGCUUCAUAAAAAUUAAGAAUAAUCUGAAAAGAAAGGCGAUUAAAUAUUUAAAAAAUUAUGUUCUCUACUUAAUCCAUAAAAAGUCUAUUUCACAAUAACAGCUAAAUUAUUGGAAAUAUACUCAGAUAAUGACGUGUUGUUCAUCAGUAAUACUGUUUAGACAUUAACUACCUUGUUGAUUUCAGAAAAAGAACUUUAAAAUCUUAGAAACAUACUUAGAAAUUUGAAGCAUGAAAAAGAUGAGAAAUAAAGAUAACAUAAUUAAGAAAUCUUUGAAACACUCUACAGAACAUUUUGUUACAAUUCUAUGAGUGUGAUAACAUUAUGUUUACUUUCUGAAGAAUAUGAGUUGGCCUAUAAUAUAAUAAUUAGUUUUUCAGAAGUGGAAGUCAAUUAAUACAUCUUAUUAGAAAUAGCCCAAUUAAUUAAUGUGCUAGAAACACCAGUAUUCAUCUUCUUAAGAUUAUAAUUGUUGGAAUAUGAUUCUCACCCCUUUUUAAUGAAGUGUUUGUUUGGCCUAAUGAUGCUAUUGCCAUAAGGACCAGCCUUUAAUAUGCUUAGAUAAAGACUAAAGAAUGUUUCAAAUACAUAAAUUUAGUCUUUAUAAUAAGAAAAGUAAAUGGAAACAGAAGAGUUCUUGGAUAUUUAGAAAUUACUGACAUAAUUUAGAGACAUUCGACUUCAGUGUAUUAAUUAAGAAUCAAAACAAAAAGAAUUAAAUUGA